GAAAAGCGCUACCUCAUAUUCAGACGUGUUCAACUGAAACAGGAGUUUGUGCAAGCAGAAAGACCCGGUUUAAGACAUAAGCAGCUGCUUAUUUGCAAUUAUGCAUUUUUUAGAAACUGUCCUGAUCAAGUGACACAUUUUCUACCGAGUUUAUCUCCGCAGUGAGAACAACAUGGGGACAGCUUUUGCCAUUUGUCUGGUUUUUAUCGGAUGCUGUAGUAAUGUGGUGUCUCUGGAGCUGCUCGUAAGAGAGUUUCCAGGAUGCGGAAACAUUGUCACCUUUGCUCAGUUUGUUUUCAUCGCGUUAGAGGGUUUCAUUUUUGAAACCAACUUUGGCAGGAAGAAACCGUCGAUCCCCAUGAGCAACUAUGUGAUCAUGGUGACCAUGUUCUUCACCAUCAGUGUGAUCAACAACUACGCUCUCAACUUUAACAUCGCUAUGCCCUUACACAUGAUCUUCAGAUCAGGGUCACUCAUUGCUAACAUGAUCCUGGGAAUAAUCAUCCUGAAGAAAAGGUAUUCAGUGAGUAAAUAUCUGUCCAUAGCUUUAGUGUCAGCUGGCAUCUUCAUCUGCACCAUCAUGUCUGCCAGACAAGUGAAUGUGGCCGAUGAGGGAUCAGAAGAGCAGGGCUUUUCCGCCCUCAUGCACUGGCUGUUAGGUAUCGCCAUGUUGACCUUUGCGCUCGUGAUGUCAGCGAGGAUGGGCAUUUUUCAGGAGACGCUGUACAAACAGUACGGCAAACACUCCAAGGAGGCCCUUUUCUAUAACCACUGUCUACCUCUGCCAGGCUUCCUGCUCCUCUCCACAAACAUCUACAACCACGCCCUUUACUUCAGUCAGAGCACUCCUGUGGUUGUUCCUGCGGUCGGCCUGACGGUGCCAAUAAUGUGGGUUUACCUGAUAAUCAACGUCAUAACACAGUAUGUGUGUAUCCGUGGUGUGUUCAUAUUGACCACAGAGUGUGCCUCUCUCACCGUCACUCUGGUGGUGACCUUGAGAAAGUUCCUCAGCCUCAUCUUCUCCAUCCUCUACUUCCAAAACCCCUUCACUGCCUGGCACUGGGUGGGCACGGCCGUGGUCUUCCUGGGCACCCUGCUGUACACUGAGGUGUGGAGCAGCGUGCGGGCCGCUCUGCGUGGGCCUGCCGUCAAGGAGAAGAAGGCGGCGUGAGGAAGAAGGGACUGAUCGAGGACCGUAAAAACUUCACUAAAUAGUCCGGGAUUUUAAUUUACUUAUUUGGAACACGCUUCAAUAGGAGACGGGCCUUCAAUUAUUUAAAAAAAAAAAAAAAAAAAAAACUUGGGAAUGGGAAAGAGUAUAAAACUGUAAAUUUACACCAGAAAGAAUAUUUAACGUGGACAAAAUCAGGAUAUUGAUAAACUAAAUUACAAACCA